AGAUGGUCAAAUUGUGGGAGGUAAAAUUGCAAGGUACCACCUGUAUAUAUUAAUAGUUUGAAGGACUUUAAAAAUAUAAAUGCUGGUGCAUUCUUCAUGUAAAAAAUCUGUUUUGUUGUUUUUUGGCAGAAAUAAUUAAUGAAGAGUCUAGUGCAAAAAACAUUCCAGAGAAACAUGGGCUUCGUCAUACGGCGAAACAAAAAAAACCUGAUGUACUCCAUGUGCUUCCUCAUGUUCUGUGGAGUUUUGGCCUUUGUUGGGAUGCGAUUUGUCAACCCUGGCACUGCUGCAGAAGAAGACAAAAUGCCGCAUCUUCUGAAACAGCACCGAAACGAAUUGGGAGACAAGGAUGCAGCUGAUAUCCCAAACAAUGCAAUCUACUUUCUAUAAACAUCAGGCAUGCCCAUGUUGAGUCCAAAAGAGCUCUGUGCCAUAGAGUCUGCAGCUCUGCAUCAUCCACACAGGCCAGUGGUGGUGGCAGUGAACCACAAGUACUUGCAACUACCCACCAGUGUUGCCAAGUGGGCCAAAAUUUACCCAAAUGUCAUAUUCACACAGUUGGAUAUCAAUAAAUGGCUGGAAGGCACUGUGUUGCUGCCCUGGUUGUCCAAGGGGCUCUUGGAUAGGAGUUUGUACAAGAUAUCUCAUACCAGUGAUAUUUUGAGAUUUGCCACCAUGUACAAGUAUGGAGGACUGUACAUGGACACAGAUGUGAUUGUGUUGAGAUCAAUGGAUGACUUGGGCAAUGCUGUGGGACUGCAGGAGUAUACUCGCCAGGGUGCUGUGCCUGGGAUCAUGUCAUUUAGGAAGCAUCAUCCUAUUAUGGCUGAAUGCCUGGAGGAAUUGGUCUUGAGGUCUGAGGAAAUUCUUUUCAUGGGUUUUGUGAGAACUGCUGGGGUGACACUAGAUUCCCAGGGAACCACCAAGCAAGGACAAGUUUUAGCAAAGGCCAAAACUGGUCUUCGAUGA